AUGACCAGCCAUAGUGCAUGGGUUGAUCAUCCCAACACUAUUAUUGUACCAGAUGAGGAUGACACACGAAAUCUGGCAUUAGAAUCGGAUUCUGUACGAUCAGCGGGCCGCCUCUUGACUACUUCAGGAUACGUGGAGGCUGCGGGUGUACUCGUUGGAUCUAGCAUGAAUGCACAUGAGACCUCGACCUCUCUGAAACGAAAACGAACGAAAUCGAAGGAACUGUCCGACUUGGUAUGUCCUGGUUUCGUGACUUGA